AUGCCAGAGAGGAACUCCUCCGUACACAGGCAAUUUGUCACCCCGCGAAGGUCACCCAGGUUCCUCCCCCAACAAAACAACACCACUCCCAACCCCAAAUCUGCCAAACACACCGUUUCCAAAAAGGAAUACAAUGAGUUUACGGUGGGGCCGAGAAGGUCUUCGCGGCUGAACAAUGGGGACGUUAGGUUUUCAUCUCUUAGACGAUCUCCCAGGUUCAACAACGAGUCAAGCGGUAAGAAAGUGAAGAACACGAGUGUGAAGGGUGGUGACGCUGAAACGAAGGAAAAUUGUGUCGUUUCAGAUGAGGGGUUCGGUGGAGGAAGAAAGAAAGAGAGAAAGGAGAAGAUUGAAGAUGGAAAUGGAGAGAUCGUUGAAGUUAAAACAAAAGAAAAUCGUGUUGUUUGUGAUAAGGGUUUUGAUGGAGAAAGAAAGAAGAUUGAAGAUGGAGAUAAGAGAAAGCGCAAAGGCGAUGAAGUUAGGGAAGGGUGGACGAAGGAACAAGAUUUAGCUCUUCAGAGAGCGUAUCUCAUGGCAAAGCCUAGCCCCCAUUUCUGGAAGAACGUUUCCAAACUGGUGCCUGGAAAGUCUCAACAGGAAUGCUUUGAUAGAAUUCACUUUGACCAUGUGACUCCACUUCAACCACAGCCUCGAUCAAGGGCAAAGACAUUGAAGUCAUCACCCAUUCACGAUUUUUCUUUAUCUGAAAGUAAACUUCUCAACCCUAUUGAUACAACAGUUCGAAGAUUAAAUGUUCUAAAACCAAAGAACAUUAAUACCCAGAAGUCAGUUGAAAAGCUGUUACAACGGCAUCUUGAAGGUGAUCUAGACCGUGAAGGGGACAUAUUUUCUGUUCUUGAACCGAACAUAGAUUUCUCCACUAAUGCUUCACAGCCUAGUGAAGCUCUUUCUACUCCAAAACAGCUAAAGGAAAACAAAGGGUGCCUGCAAAGUUGUACCGAAACAUCAUCUUCAAGUGGUAAGAAGCCACUUUCAAGAUUUAGUGGCUCGCACAUUACAGAUCUUGUUAGUCCUCCUGUACUAAAGAAAGUAAAGAACAGGGUAUUGCAUGAGAAAUAUGUCAAUCAAUUGCGCUGUAGGGAAUCUAGGAGAAGAGCAGCCUCUACGAAGAUAAUUGGUGAAGGAAGAAGCACUAAGAAAAAUGAUGCAGUUAAAGCUGCAAAAGUUGCAUUGGUUUCUGAAGCUAGAGAUGCUAUCAAUAAAUUUCGAGAGUCGCAAGUCAAUUUCAUGGACAACGCCUUUAGUUCUGAUGGAGAUAACGAUGAUAACAUUGAAUUUGAAGAUGAACGUUAG